CUUGCAGGCACCACCCGUUGGCUGAACUGUGCUUAUCCGCACGUGGACGCCCCGUCUGGCAGACAAGAAGGACCGAAUUUCUCACAUUUCUCACUCCCCCGCAAAACUGCACGUGGUCGUGGGUCGUACACUUGCAGCCGCUGCGGCAAGUCCUUUACAAGGCGAGGCAGCCUGAAAAAUCACAUCCGCAUCCACACCGGCGAGAGGCCGUAUCAUUGCCACCUGUGCCCCCAGGCGUUCACGGAGAAAGGGAACCUCGUGCGUCACAUCCGGACGCACACGGCGGAGAGGCCAUUCCAGUGCCGCCUCUGCCCCAUGACUUUCGCACGCGAGUUUAUUCUGGUCGUGCACUUCCGCAACCACACCGGCGAGAGACCUUUCCGUUGCCAGCUCUGCCCCAUGACCUUCACGCAAAAGAGGAUCCUCGAGGGCCACAUUCGAACCCACACGGGCGAGAAGCCGUUUAAGUGUCGCUUUUGCUCAAAGGUGUUCACGCAUAAGUGGCAGAUGAAGAAGCAUGAGGAAAUCCAUUCCAGCAGUGCGUCGAGUGUGAGUGCUCAUUCGCAAUACUCGACUGGUCUGGGCUAGGAGCGAGUUGUGGGCUGAAGGACUCGGACCCACUUCUCGGCUAUAAGUGAUCAGUGCAGUCGGAUGUGAAUGGGAAUGCUGGAUAGUGUGGGCCAGUGGCAGUGAACAUACGAGCGCGUAGCUGAAUAAAAUUGCACUG